GGUAAGCAGGCGCGACAGGCACCUACCUAGUCUGUCUACACUAGCACGCGGGUACGUAUCGUUCCGUACACUGAAUGGAAUGCAGGGUCUCAUGCAACUUCCCCUCUUUAUUGCAUUGGAAAAUCCCUUUAAAAGCCCGAUGCCCCGUCCCCCCCGAUGUCCGAUCACUCACAGAAUUCUCGAUCUCUACACCACAUUCCCCCAAGUACGGAUCGUCCCCUCUUCCAUCGCUGCCCCACUUCUCUUGGCUACCUGUAUCCGUAAUUACUACCCGUACCUAUUCCUCUUUUACCGGAAUCAACUCCGUCUCUGUUUCUCGGCCGAGUCACUCCAUUCCCAUGGCUUGCUCCGAAACACAAACCGUCGUCCGAACCACGUCCGACCUGACUAUCCCUAUUCGGCCGCCGACUGACAUGCUCCCCAUCGGACCGUGUCUUUCGAGCGGUUUGGAAAGCCCUGCGCGCUGUCUGGUGCCCCUUUCCCUGAACCAACUGAAAGCCGGCGAGAUCAUUCAACGAGUGCACGGCGAUGCCAAGAACCUCGUCUGCAGCAUCGAGGGCCUGCUCCAGUGCCGCGCCCUUCCCGCCGCCGGCGCUGGCCACGUCGUCCCCAAGACCAUCCUCGGGAACCCCGCCCUGCUCACCGUCCAGCGCCAGUCGCGGGACAUCACCGGCGAUAUGAGAGAGCUGAUCGCCCUCUCCCGCCGCGAGGCCACGCUCGCCACGCGCGAUUCUGACCACGCCCGCAGGAUGCGGCACCACCGCCGCGUCAUCGAGGAGCGCUACCGCGCCGCCCGCGCCCAGCACCAGCGCCCCGAGACUGAUGACCUCUCCCAGCUCGUAUGCCACGCCUGCAACACCCGACGCACGCCGCAGUGGCGUAGCGGUCCGGCCGGUCCCUGCACACUGUGCAACGUCUGCGGGCUGGUCCACGCCAUGAGGAUGCGGAAGCUGGGACGCACCAGGAGCAAGAAGGUUUCGGCGCCGUCCUACACUUCGUGAGGCCAUAAACGUAUUCUCCGUGUUUGACGAGAUGGUUAUCUU